CUGAGGUUACUUGGCAUUCUGGGACACAAACAGUGGUCGGUAUGAAUAGCUGUAACAGCGACAGCAGCGUCCAUCGUAUAGAGGAGACGGGACAAACAAACGGCUGAGCAGCAGGCAGCGGAAAGGACAAACAUUUUUUUUAUGUCUCUUGAGGAGGCUUCGAUUUUUCGCUCAUACUGAGGACUCUGUGUUUUUAUCUCUGAAAUGCAAAGGUUGGACUUUAUCCACUAACCGUUUUGGUUAGCUAACGCUGGCAGUAAGUUAGCCCCGCAGUGAUUUGCGCCUGUCUCCGUGUUGGCUGGCUGGAUGGGAAAGCUGGUGAAGUAUUAAAAGUUCGCCCAGCUUCGUUCAUUCUCCCCAUUUUAACUCGAAUUUACCCGGAACUGAGGGAUGACGACUCUGAACAUGGCGAGUGUCGGACACAGACGCAGCAAAACUUGUUUUUUAAAGUCACUGGACUGGCAUACCACCCAGCUAGUUUACCCAAGAUAAACACUGACGGACGAAAGCCCGACCCUGGUAAUGGCAGUUGGUGUGAGAGCAGCACAGCUGUGCGGUACUACUGCUGAACUCUUCGCCAGAAAAGCCUUUUAGGCUGGAUUUAAUAACAAACCGGGUACAAUCCCAGCUGUCACCUGAGCCCCACUGCUGCUGGUCCCCACAGGUGAUUUGAGGGGACGCAACAUGUCAGGGGUCACCACCGUGCAGCUCUUCACCAAGUUUGUGAAGCACGCACUGGGCAAGUCGCAGAUACAGCUGAACCGCUGGCUGCAGAGGACUGCCGCGGAGGAGUGUGAUAAGAUAGACAUCCUGAUAUGCAGCGCGUUUGACGAGAGAGGGGUCGGGGCUGGGAAGACAGAUGGAGACCCCGAUAUUAUCAGCGACACGGGGGGGACAUCCUUCACCAGCAGCGGGGAGUUCAGACACCCGUGCUGCAUCACCACCUUCUGCUUCAAGAGCGCCCUGCUGGCCUGCAUCCUGACCGCUGUGUGCUUCUCUUCAGUCGCGUUGGUGCGGCAGUACCUCAAGGACCUCCUGCUCUGGGUGGAGAGCCUGGACAGCUUUGUCGGAGCCUUGCUCUUCAUCGUUGGUUUGAUCAUUGUUUCCUUUCCAUGUGGAUGGGGAUACAUUGUUCUGAAUGUGGCAGCGGGCUACCUUUAUGGAUUCGUGCUGGGCAUGGGACUGGUUAUGGUGGGAGUUUUAAUAGGGACCUUUGUGGCACACCUAGUGUGUAAGCGGUUAUUGUCUGACUGGGUCCUGAAUAAAGUUGGGAACAGUGACCAGCUCAGUGCUGUUAUACGAGUAGUGGAAGGAGGGAGCGGACUUAAAAUUGUGGCCUUAGCAAGACUCACCCCCAUACCAUUUGGACUCCAAAAUGCAGUUUUUUCGAUCACAGAUGUGUCCUUGCCAAACUACCUGGUGGCCUCCUCCAUGGGUUUGUUGCCCACACAGCUCCUCAACUCGUACCUGGGCACCACCCUGCGCACCAUGGAGGACGUCAUCGCCGAGCAGAGCAUCAGUGGCUACUUUGUGUUCAGCCUGCAGAUCAUCAUCAGCAUCGGGCUGAUGUUCUACGUGGUCCACAGAGCUCAGGUUGAGCUGAACGCUGCCAUCGCUGCCUGCCAGAUGGAGCUCAAGUCGUCGCACAUGAACGGCUCCUCCACCAAUCACAGCGACUUCUCGUACUGCAGCAAGAGGGCGGCGGCCGGCGGCGGAAACUGCAUCAACGUGGUGUGACGACCAGAGACUCCGGUUAGCUCCACGGACCAGAAGACUCGGCUUUUAAGACCGGACAGCUUAAGAAGGAGCCCACUGAGUUCUGGAGUCCAGAGCGUACUGGUGGCAAAGUUUACCAUUUAUCCUUCAUGACGUCACGUUCAGAGGGAAACCCUGAGAGCGUCUGGGUUCUGCGGUUUCUGUUCUCGACAUGUUGGGACCACGCACCCUUCGAUAAGGAACGGUGUCGUGAAAAAUCCUUUUUGUGGUUUGUCAUCCUAAUACGUUUUAUGAGUUAAGUUUAUUUAGGUACCUCGUAAUAUCUGCUGUUACAGGAGAUGUCAAUGAAACAAUGACUUUCAGAAAUAUCAGAGGUGAGGCGAAACAAGCCUCACCGGCCGCUUGGUGUUGUUAUGAAUGUGCAAUCUGGAGCUUUCUAGAGAACCAAGGAAUCGACUUUCUGUUGCCGACCUAUGCACCUUUACUUCGUGCGGUUCUGUUUCAUUUCAGGUGACUUUAUCCACACCCGGUUGCUCAUUUACAGUUUACUAACAAGGGCAUUAUGAAUACUUUGAAAUCAUUUCGCUUUAGCCGUUCGUUCUUUUUAAAGUGCCCUCGUUUCGAGAAGUCUCCAAGCUCUUUCUGCUGGUUUAUUAGUUUUGUUCGGAGCUGCCGGAACAGGAGCAGCUUUCGCAGCAGGACACUCAGGAACGCCUCUUCCAGGAAGUUUAGGCGAGGUAUGAAGCCAGGGCAGUGAUUCCUGCGUUGGAAGCACUGGGUCAGGUUUUUCCUGGAAAAUCCUAGGGUUUGAUUUUACAUCUUUGUUUACUUUUGACUGCGAUUGAGGGAAACAAAAAAAAAAAAGGAAAAUUAGAAAAACAUUGAAAGAAAUAAUGCAUUUCAGUAAUUAAAUUAACAAAGGAAUUUUAACGCUUAGUGUUAUAUUUCAAGUGUUUAUCUUUGUUAUUAUGGCUUACAGCUAAUGAAUACUUCAAAUUCAGUUUACUAGAAAUGUGCUGAAUUUACAUAUGAGGAAUCGAAAGGGGAUUUUCAAUGCAGAAAUGCUUUGUUUUUGCUGUGACCAAAGCAUAUUACUGGAAAGUUGAGUGGAAGGAAAAUGUGUGGUAGAAAAACAUGCAUUUUGGAUUAAAAGUACCAAUUCCAGGACUAAUAGCCAUGAAGUCACUGAGCUUGACUGGUCAGCAAAAGCUUGAUUUACUUUCAUGUCACUUCAAUGAAGUAACUCAUCCAAACGGAGCCACAGUCUAGAAGUGACAUACCUUUUGGCAGGUUAAUAUUUCUAUUUUUGUUUUUUUAAUAUAUGUUCAAACUCAAGAAUGGGCCUUGCUUUAAAAUCCUCCUAAGGCUGUGUUGCUUGUGCACCUUUUUCUACCUCAGUUUUUCCUUUCACUAAGCUUUCCUGUACUUAUUCUUGGACUCAGCACUCUUGGACAACUAUCAACUUGGCCUGCUUCUCUAUAGCUGCAUGGGCCUUAAAUUAAAUUAAUGCAUUAAAUUAAAAAAAAAUUUUUUUUUGUAAGUAUUACAUAAAAUUUUAGUUUAUGGAGUGACUGAACUUUGCAUUUUUAUUAGCGAUAAGCUCACAAAUACUUGAAAUAUAAACCCACACCUGAGUUUAAUUGUGGACUGAAUCACUUAAAUGAACUUUUCGAAGAUAUUUAAAUUUCUCAAGCUGCGCCUGUAAAUACUUCUGUUUGUUUGCACGGAUUUGUGAACGUCAAAGAAAAAACUUUGACGUUCACAAAUCCGUGCAAUAGAUCAUAAAAGAUUAACGGAAGAGUAUGAAUGUUGCAUUCAGUGCUGAAACCAAACUAAUCACAAAGUAACCCAAAACCGAGUCAGCUUCGUUUCUUUUAUGGAAUGAAAGUAAAGCAAAAAUAGAGCCUUUUAUUUUUCUGUGCCAUAAAUGAACAACUUUAUUUACCUACUUCCGCAUCGAUCAACAAGGUCCUCGUUGCCGUAGAUUUCCUCGCGUAGUCCGCUGAAGCCGACCGGCGAUAUUUUCGUAAAGGUGUGUUUAACUUUGGACGGGUUUGGUUGGUUAAAAGUCUCAGAAGCUGACAAUCAAACACAACGUUGACUCUACAUGAUGAAUGUGAUUCUGUGGUUUGUUUUUACAUUUCUUACGAUGCUGCUCCUCAGACAAAGUCUGGUUGAGGAAUAAUAAGGGCUUCUGUCUAAAACAUCCAUCUUGUUUUUCAGGAACCCUGUUUUCUAACCUUGGCUGAUGAUCUUUGUUUUUCUUUUCUCCCCCCAGUUUUCGUUUCGUUUUUUUUUUUUUUUUUUCCUCUACAAACGUUUCAGCUGAAAUCCAGAAUUGACGUUUGUCCGAAAACACAUUCCAUCUUCUGAUAAACUCUUUAUUUCUCCCCUUUUCUUCCUCAUCCAAAUGUGAAAUGUUUCUUUGAAUGCCCCUUCCCGUUGGAAUUUAGCAAUAAUAUUUGACACUAAAAAGUAAAAACGAAAAAAAAAAAAAACAAUAAAGGGAAUAAGAACAUAUAUCUGUAAUACGUUGAGCCAAGUGAACCUGGAACUGUUCGGUCUCGCUGUUGAAGAUGUUUCAAACGUCACGUCUGAGUUGUUAGUCGAUCUGUGUUUGACUCGUUUGUGUUCAACCUGCCUUUUUUUUUUACCUCCUGCUGCCUCUGAUGUUCUGUUGAGGACCUGAACAAAAAUGUGAGCGUUUGUAGCUUCGGGAGAGCCCCGAAAACUAUUCGAUCGCCUGCAAACGAUUUAGCUUCUCACUGCUGUUGCAUGAACACCUCCAACCUCUCAGUCUGGUACGUUUAGGAUAUUUUUUUCACGCCAGUUUGUUAGAAAAGCGUGGCGAGAACGUGUUCCCCAAAACGAUAAAUACAUGAAAUGAGGGUCAACGAUUACCAUGCAUAGUCUCUUUCUCAGCUGGGACUUUAAAAGAUUAUGUGGAGGUAUUUUAUUUUAUUAUUUUAUUUUUUUAGAUAAAGCUUUUGUUCUUCCUAGCUGGGCUCUACUUAACUUAGAUCUAGUUAUGCAACAACUGAUUCCUGAGGGAAGUAUGUUUCAUAGAGAGCCACUGAGGACCCGACUCUGCAGAGCAGCUGGGGGACUGAGGGGACGGGAGGAGGGUCCGGUCCGGUCCGGUGCUAUGGAAUGCAAUACUUCCCCAUCUGUAUCAAGUGCAUUACACAUAUGCUGUAUUUUUUAAUACAGAGAGUUUUACAGUGUAUAAAUAGUAUUUAUCACUGUACAACGCUUGUUCAGUGUUAUUUAUGAAAGAGAAAAUAAAACUUGACAGACUUUGU